CAGCAACACCUUUGAGCGACUUUUUCACAUAAAACGCGAAGUGAAGCCACUGCUUGCAUUUUGUUUUCCUCAAAUAUUUAAUAGUUUAUUUUUGAAAAACCAGUGAACAAUUUGGCAUAAUUUCGCAAAUGAGUUACUAGCGCGUGUCGUUGGAUAGUUUUCUUCGUGAAAGUGGUGAUCAUACUGUGUAUUGGAAGCAAAUAAAGCAGGACGCUCCAGUGUCGGAAAAUCUAGUGGAAAAGUGCCGUUGGUCUGAAAACGUAUUACAAAUUGUGUUAAAAUUUUAGCAAAUAUGGGUCGCAAAGCUAGAAUUCGCAAAGCUCGUCCAACUCAAAAUAAUCGGAAGAAAGGCAGUCCAAUGAAGCGAUCUCCUAAAAUGAACCUUGAUAUCGAGGAAAUGCUGGAGUCGAGCGUUAUCUCCACCAACGAUGGAACAAUCCGGACCCGGAACGGCAUCAAAGUAGGGGAACAAAUUCAGCACACACCCAAGCGGUGUAAAUCUGUGCCUGCGGAUGUGAAGAAAGGAAUGGCUGAAAGUUCUAACAAAAGCCCAAUCGGUCAAUUGGUCCAUUUUGUGUCACCUCUAACGCGAGGAAAAAGCAACGGUUCUAUAACAAAGCUUAGAACACAAGGGGAAAGAUUACAAGUUUUGUUGAAGAGGUUAGACCCAAUGGAUGAAACAGGAGCCAUGGCCAGUAAACAGUGUAGAUCUAAUUUGGAACCAGUCAAGUUGUUGAUAGAAUUAACUAAGGUAGAUUCACACGCUUAUACUGAGAACAAACAAUUGCAACAGCCGGAAACUCUGAUUGUUUCAAAACCUUCCUCUCUUCGCGCGGUUCGAAAAAAGGGUAGGAAUAUUCAGACCGGUCCGGAAUUAAUGUCUGACUUAGUUGCUACCCCUGAUGUAGUAACUACGAUGGAUACGGAGAUCGAGAACGUCAAGUCAGAAGCUAUGAUACUAAAUAUUCCGAUACAAUCAUCUACCUCUGCAGCAAUGAUAUCUCCCAAAGCAAUCGAAGAGCGGUUAAAAUCUCCCGAUCGAUCCCAGUAUCUGCUGAAGCAGCUCGAAAGUACGUUAAGCCCGAAACUAACCGAGCCAAAGAGGGAAACUUGCCGCCCAGUAAGUCGUUACGGUCGCAUCCAGAAGCAGAAGGAAAAUAGUGACUACAUUCCAAUGAAUGUGGCGAAAUUUAUAACGAAAUCGUCUCCGAAAGCUAAAACGAUCAAAAUUGAACCGGAAGAAACUGUUGUUGAACCGCUCUCGGAACCAGCUGAUGUUGUAAUAUCACCUUCAAGUGAGCAGUUGGUUGACUGUGAUAGCAAGUCGCUGAAUAUAAUCAAACAAAUUACACUUGAAAGUGAUACGAUCGGUGCCGCUCCGGUCGCAGAAGUGUCAGUUUUUGGUGCCAAUGAGCCGUUACCGCUACAUGAUACUUUGACACCGUGUGAUGCGGACAUUCCUGAACCUGCUUUAGAACAAAAUGAUGUUUUGACACCAUCUGACGUGGAAAUUUCUGAACCUACCGUGGAACAGAAUGAUGAUAAUAUUGAUGUGGAAAAAGUCACGAGCAUUACCUCCGCGAUUGCAGAAAUGGAAGUCGAUGCAGUAGUUUCGACCGACGUUCUUGACACGAUAGCUGAAGUUAUUCCACCUGUCAAUUCAAAUUCUGAGAUUAUAGGAAUCGAUGAGAUCAAGAUCGUCGACUUAAAUGCUAGUUUUGGAGCGAGCAGCAAUGCUACAGAGAUUGUCGUUCAAAAUCAAAAUGAAUCAACACCCAAAUCGCUGGGGAAGGAGACGGGCGUUAGCAGCACUAAUGGUGCAUCGAUUGAUCACGAAGUGGAGAAUGCCGAGGAAAAAUGGAGUAAGGGGCAGCUGGGUUGGGGUGCGUUGCGUUCCAAUACGUUGCACUGGCCUUGUAUGGUAAGUGCCGAUCCGACAGACGGUAGGAUAGUAAAAAUCAAGAAAAAUAAGGUUCAAUUGUCGAAAAUUAUUCACGUUACAUUUUUCGCCGACAACGGCCGUCGAAGUUGGAUACCUGAGUCUUUGCUAUUAACAUUCAUUGGCUUAGACGAAUACAAAAUCCUGGUUGAAACAAAAUUGAAACAUCUGAAGAGCAAACUUAACAAAGCUCUGCAGCCACAGCACCAGUGGAUGAAAGCAUUUGAACAGAUGAAUGAUAUGCUUCAGCACCCGAUCGAGUUGAGAGCGCAACGUUUCCAAGCCCAACUACAAAUUGAACGGGAUCGACCGAAACAGCCGCUGCGUAAACGUGCUAAAAGCUCUUCGGCAGGAUAUCACAGCAACAGUUUAGGAGAUUCGUUCGAAUCAAAAGGUAAACGACGUCGAUCACCUACACCUGAGAGCCCAGCGUACGAACCUAUCUCUACUAGUGAUAUUGAGCCAGGAUUUAAACGCAUCAAACUGGAACAGGAGGAUCCAAAUCUCCUUCGAAGCACUAUCUCACGAUAUUUCCAAUCGAUGACGGAUGGAUGUGAUACGCUGGAGACGGCCAGCCGAACAAGCAGCGAGAGUGAUGAUACUUCCGAGUUGACGGGUUUCGAUCAGGAAGCCUACAACCACUUGCUGAACAUGAGCCGAUUAUACGUUUUUGAAGGUCAAACCGAAACCAACAUCGAUAGGAAGCUACAGAAGUACGUGCAUAAAAUUUGCUCCCUGCGGAUGCAGUCGGUAAACAGAGGAAGGAAUGGUAGGGUUUCCAACCGUUUGCGUUCGCAGGCGUUGCGAAAUUCUUUUCUCAAGUUUGAGAUGGAGCUGGGAUUCGGGCAGCACAAGAAGGAUCUCGUCCCGCUUGGUACGAGUGCUCCGAAAGUUAAGAAGGAACCGAAAACGUUGGAACAGUUGUUCAUAUACAAUCUGGAGAAAAACUAUCUGUUGAAGGGCGUUCCGAGGGGAUUUGUGUGUGUCGUGUGCUACAAACCCAAUGAUGUCAGCAAGUGCACUAGGUGUUACAAUUUCUACCAUGCAGCCUGUAUUUCCAUCCAGUCAGAAGUAGUGACCAACGAACUCGAGAAAACCGUCGACAGCAAGGCAUUCGUCUGUCCGGAUUGUAGCGCACAAAAAACACCUCCCUGCUUUGUCUGUCAGGAUCAGGAGGAGCCGUUGCAGAACGAGCGCAAACAUCGCUGCGCAGCGCCUGGCUGUGGCAAAUACUACCACUUUCCCUGUCUAAGGUUGUUUCCACAGCACAAGCUAACUAGCACACCGAACUCGAGUACAUUGUUCUGUCCGUACCACACGUGUCAUACCUGUGUCUCGGAUGACCCACGAACCAAUGCGACCAAGACCAAGGGUCAGUUGAUACGGUGUAUCAAAUGUCCCUCGUCGUACCACCCGGAUGCCAAGUGUAUACCGGCGGGAUCGCAGCUGCUGUCUAAUACGGCUAUGAUCUGCCCCAAGCACAGCCUCGAAGUGUGUUCACUGAACGUUACCUGGUGUUUUUUGUGUUGUAAGGGAGGCAGCUUAAUUUGCUGCGAGACAUGUCCGACCGCAUUCCAUCUGGAGUGUCUGAAGUUUAUUCCCCCGGAAGGGAAGUACAUCUGCGAGGAAUGUGAAUCCGGUCGAAUGCCUCUAUAUAACGAGGUUGUGUGGGCUAAAUAUUUCAACUUCCGUUUUUGGCCCGCAUUUAUUGUACCCCCGCCGGUGAUACCUGACUUCAUGCAUCGAAGACAGCACGAAGAGUCGGAUAUUUGCAUUUUGUUUUUCGGUUCCCAUGAUUACGGCUGGAUCAACCGGAGGAGAAUCUAUCUGUAUCAAGAGGGAGAUUCGGAUAGCGUGUCGGAUCGGAAGCAAAAUGGUAUGCUGGAGAGAUACAAUGAAGCUUUGCGAGAAGCAAGAAUCGUUCACGAGAUGUUACAAUCGAAGAAGGCAGGUGAAUAUGCCGAACAAGGGGACACCACCUUUAAGCCACCGAUGUACGUGAAAAUUAGGAAUAAUAGAUACGUUCCACCUCUGAAAGCGCCGAGUAGGAUGGAAGACAACAUAUGUGAAUGCAAGCCAUCGGACAGCGAUCCUUGCGGGCCUUUCACAAACUGCCUUAACCGAACUCUGUUAAUCGAGUGCGAUCCGAAGGUCUGCCCUGCCCGGGAACGGUGUGAGAAUCAGUGCUUCGAAAAGAAGCAGUAUCCAGCACUUGCCGUCAAACGGAUAUUCCACAAAGGUUGGGGUCUAGUUGCUCAAGAAGACAUCCGGGUGGGUCAGUUUGUUAUUGAGUACGUCGGUGAGGUGAUUAACAACGAUGAGCUCGCGCGAAGGCUUCAACAAAAAAGGGAACAGAAAGAUGAAAACUGGUAUUUUUUGACGAUUGACUCGGAACUCACGAUCGAUGCGGGUCCGAGGGGGAACCUAGCAAGGUUUAUAAAUCACUCGUGCGAACCGAAUUGUGAGACGUUACUGUGGAAUGUUGGGGGUGCUCAAUCGGUGGGAUUGUUUGCAAUUAAAAGCAUCAAGGCGGGCGACGAACUUACAUUCAAUUACAACUUUGAGAGCAAAAGUGAUGAAAAGAAAAUCUGCCACUGUGAUGCUCCCAAGUGUUCCGGGUUCAUUGGCGCAAAAUAUCGUCCUCCGGUGGAGGAAGCUUCCAGUAGUACGGCAAAGCCUCGCGCCAAGCUGGGAAAAAGUAAAACCAAAAACCGGAGACACAGUGCCCAUCCGACUGCGCUGGCUUCGAAGAAGCGAAAAAUCUCGCAAGCCUACGAAAAAGAUGCGGAACAUCAAGCUCCCGUAGCGGAGACUCCAUCCGGAACGCUUGAUAUUAAGAAUGAACAUUCAGACGCAGCUGGCGUAAAUGGUGAUCAACCGGUAGCAGCGUCAUCGUAGUACAAUUGCUGGUCGAGUCAGCAAACUCUUGUUUAAACUGGCGGGACCGUUUUGUGUGAGUAUUAGACUAGAGGUGGAUUGACCCUCCUUUUUAAGUGUCUAUUUGUUAUUUCAAUUCAUUGUUAAAUAUGUUGACAUCACUAAAUUAAAAAGUUAUUUCUUCGGAAUGAGAGUGCAAAAAGAUAUAGUUUUUACUGCGGCUGUAAAAUUUUAUAUUUGUAUCCACCCUUAGUUUGUAUAUUCUAAUUCUAAUGCAAUUGAUAUUGAUAGGAAGGCACUAACCAGGUGACAUUAAAUAUAGCGAAAAGAGCGUACUAUGAAACGGGUCACACAUUUAGAGUAUAGUACCAUCCGAAUCGAGAUAUUCUCUAUUACUACCAAUUAAACUUGUUUAAAUAUAACAAAGAAACCCAAACGAUAUCGUUUUGUUUCAGAACACUCCAUUCAUAAAUUCAUAUUCUGCGAGUGAUGUUUCAGUUUAUGCAUCCAAAAAUUUAACUUAUAUUUUACUUUUUAAGGAUAAAUAUUUGUACAGUUGAAAAAUCAUUAGCAAGUAAAUUUUCGUAUCGCGCCAAUCAAUCACGCGUACCUAUUUGUGUUUGUUAAUGACUGCGAAGUAUUGUAAUAAAAAGUUUAUUUUUGACGAGUACAUGUUUUAAGUAGAA